AUGGUUCUGCCCAAACCCAACCCCACAAAAUCAUAUUGGAUUGAAGCCGCCGAGUCGCCUUUGCGCGACUACCGAUCGAGCGAGACGCUCCCAGAAGAAACCGAUGUUGCAAUCAUUGGCAGUGGCUACGCCGGAGUCUCAACUGCCUAUUGGCUCCACAAAUACACCGAACAUGCAUCUACACAGCCGCGAGUGACGAUCCUAGAAGCACGCGAUGUAUGUGGCGCUGCUACUGGGCGAAAUGGAGGACAACUACGCCCGCAUCUUUACUCUCGAUACCCCAUAUGGCGCGACCGCUUUGGCGCAGCAGGCGCCAUGCACCUAAUCCGGCACGAACACGCGCACCUGGCCGCAUUCAAAGACCUCUGCGACGCCGAAGGCAUCACAGAAGAAGUAUGCCUGAAACUCGGUGAGACCUUCGACGCAGCCAUGUCCGACGAAGCAUGGAGCCGACUCAGCCACGCACUCGAUGAAAUGCGCAAAGAUCACGGCGACGACCAUGAAAUCGUAAAGCUAUGCCGUAAGAUCGAAGACCAGGCCGAAGCAGAAGAAGUAACGCAGAUGAAAGGAGCACUGAAAGCCAUUGUGCAUCCAACGGGACAAAUAUGGCCCUACAAAUUCAUCCACGCCCUCCUCCGCAUCCUCCUCACAACCCCAACUUUUACCCUGCACUCGCACACCCCCGUCACCAGCGUCUCCGACCGCGAUUCAGCAGGCUACACUACGCUCAGCACGCCGCGCGGCACCCUCCGCGCGAAGACAGUCAUCCACGCCACAUGCCGCUGGGCCUCGCACCUCCUCCCCGAAUUCGAACGCUUAAUUCUCCCGCAACUAGGUGCCAUCGCAGCCAUCAAGGCACCCGAGGGCUUGUUGAAGCGGACGGGGGCGCAGCAUUGGGAUGGUAUGGUGAAUAACUACCACGUUCAACUACCACCCCCCUACAACGUCAUCAUCAUAGGCGGGGCCCGCCAACUACUCAGUCAUUACCCUGAAAUCAGCAUUUUGAACGAUGAAGACGAUAAGCAGGCACCUGGUGUACCGGAGUUUUACAAGACGUGGCCGGCGGCGGAUAUAGUGGGUUGGCCGGGACCGAAAAUUGCAGAGUUGGGGUUUGAUGUUGAGAAGGGGGGCAGUUGGACUGGUGCACACGAAACAAGUGCAGAUGGCUUCCCGUUUGUCGGCGCCCUCCCGAAUCGCAGCAAUCAGUUCAUUAAUGCUGGGUACACAGGACAUGGAAUGCCUCGCAUCCUGCUAUCUUCAGCAUCCCUGGCGCCGCUUGUGCUAGACGCUCUGGGGCUGCAGUACAGCCCACCGCAGCUCACAGAUUCGUAUCCUGCGCUACCUCAGCCAUUUCACGCUACUGAACACCGUAUUACCAAGCUCCAGGAUACCGAUCCCGAAAAGGUGCUUGCCGAUUACAGGGUCCAGUGUGAAGCCAGUGCGCGAAAGCCUUUUUGUAAUAUAGACAGGGUAAAGGGAGUCCAGUCUAGCCCUCAUCUUUAG